AUGAAUGAAGGAAUAGAAGAGAGAGUAAACCGCUUCUACAAUGUGAUUCAAAGGGAAAUAGCUAACUAUUUUACGCAACCGAAAGACAAAAACGAACAUCUGAGUUACAAUAGAAUAAAACUAUUUUUGCAAGAUUUAUUAGACUUUCUAAAUUGUGAUGGAUUUUAUAUUUUUACAAAAUUACAACAAGGCAAGGAUAAAAUGAGAUACUUUCAAGAACCUAAACUUUUUUCUUUUUGUAUUUUACCACAACAACUUAAUAGAGAAUUUUUACUUUUCUGCAAACAGUGUACAUUAUUAUAUUCAGAAAUUUUUGAUAACAUCGUUUGUGAUAUUCACUUUUUAUUAAAAAUAUUUUCGGGAAUACGAGAGUAUGAUGAAUUUUAUCGAAGAAUGAUUGAAAUUUGUGAAAGGGUAUAUCUGAAUAAGCAAAAAGGAGGAGGAGUAGAAGCAGGAGUAGGAGUAGGAGGGAGAGAAAUAGAAAAAGACAUACGUUGUGUCAUUGGAAGAUCGGAUUACAUGAUGAAUGUAAAUGAAAAAAAUUUAAAUGAGGAAUCAAGCCAAAAAAAAGAAAAAAGUGACUGUGAAAUUAAACAAAUUGAAUAUAACACCAUUUCAGUAGCAUUUGGAAACUUAUCAUCAACCCUUUUCGAAGCACAUAAAAAUAUGAUAAAACAGAUUUAUAUGGAAUAUUUUUCAUAUAUGGAUAACGAAGAAGAAAAAAAAGUUUGUGAAAUAUUAGAAAAUAAAUUUCAAAAUGAUUUUCUUGAAGGCAUAAUUACAUGCAUGUUAAAAUGUCAUAAUGCUUAUUUGAAAAAAUAUAAACCUUUACAAGGAGCUAGAAAAACCAUGAUCAUUUUUGUUCUUCAUAAUGAACAUAUGAAUAGCUUUGACAAAGAUAGGACAAAAUAUGAGUUAAACAAAAGAGGUAUUAAUCAGAAAUGCUUUACUAUAGAUGAGUUACAAAUUUUAUUUGAAAAAAAAAAACUCUUUUUAAAUUAUUCUUACGAAUCGUUAAGUGAUUCCCUCAAGAGGGUUAGGGCAAAUCAAGGGAAUGAUCCCUCCCAAUGGAAAUUUGAGCCUGGGAAGUUAAUACUCGAUUUGAAUACCGAAGCGGUGGAGAAACCGGUGAAGGAAGAGACGGAGGAAGACUUGAACUUGUCAGACUAUCACACAAAUUACAACCGAAAUGUAUUCGAAGUUAGUGUCGUGUACUUUCGAUCUCUAUACUCACCAGACCACUUCAAUGAAACCAUUUGGUUAUUGCGAGAAUUGCUUGAAUUCAGCGAUGCAGUAAAAGUUCCAUCCCUGCCGUAUCAGCUAGUCGGUUCCAAACGAAUACAAAUGUUGCUCCUAGAUAAUGAUAUUCUGAAAAAAUAUAUUUCUUUAGACUUACAUAAAAUGCAAAAAACAGAAGAACAAAUAUGUUACGAUAUGAACUUGUUACGAAAAACUUUUGCUUUGCAAGUAGAUCCCUCUUUAGAGAAAAAUAAAAAUAUCGUUUCGAAAGCUAUUCAAAGGGAGUAUCAUUAUUUGCUAAAACCACAGAGAGAAGGUGGAAAAAAUAACCUGCACGGUCAGGAUGUUCGAGAAAAACUAAUGCUUUUUUAUAAACCAGAGGAAAGGCAAAAGUUGUCGUUUUAUGUCUUAAUGCAAAGGUUGUUUCCACCAUCAUUUACCACAAUACAUUGCCGAACGAAAGAACACACAAACGAAGAAUUUUUUGAUAAUUCAAGUCAUUUAAAAGUUGAAGAAAGGAAAAGGGAAAAAGUUACACAGCAAGGGGAUAUUUCUUCUCUACCCUGUGACAAAUUACCCAACUGUGCUUCAUCACACGAGGAUAAUUGCUGUGCAGGAAAAUAUCAUCUUGUCGAAUUUUCACCUGAACACUCCAUUUCCGAAAUUAGCCUCUUUCACAACUUUAUUUUUUAUGAAAAUGAAAACAUCUUGAAUGAACAAAAGGGAUACUUGGUCCGAACGAAAAAUGUCAAGGAAAAUGAAGGAGGUGCUAUUUGUGGAAUAUCAAGCCUAGAUUCCUUCUUCUUAGUAUGA